AUGCGCUUCAACAUUGCCUCCAUCUGCGCCUUCGCGUCUCUGGCCACGCCACUUGUCAACGCCGCCUGGCACGACCAGUCCAAUGAGAAAUGGCUCGCAUACUCUGCAAAUGGCUGCACCGUUGGGUCCGUAGUUUGCGGCGUCAAUGGCCAACCUGCCACCUCUAUUGCGCUAGGAGCGAUGGCAUUCUGCUGUUUUAUGGCCAAGGACACAGCCGCGCCUUACCGAAAUGGUGAAUUUAGGGAUACGAAGAAAGCUAUACAGGCGAAUUGGGACAAGACGGUGAAAAGUGCCGGCGCUGCUGCUAAGAUUGUCAAGAACACAGCCGGAGAGUAUGCCGACAGCACCAAGAAGAAUAUCGUGAAAUGCGCGAAGGGGGUCUGCAAGCUGGUCAGCAAGCCAAAGCAGCUCCUUCCUAAAAGGUCCAUCAACAGGAACUAUCAACGUGAUCAGAGAAGCAGUGGGUACAGGAAAAUGAAGCGCUCCUCCCCAGGCAUGCGAGCUCGGAGCGGCAGGCCGAUGGCCAUGGAUUACUAG